GCAGGAGAAAGGAAUAUUCUGAAACACCUGCCUGGACUUACUGGUUUUGGUCAUCAUUGAUGCUGAGCAGAACUGGAAGAGACACUGAACGAUGGAUGCUACUUGGUCUCUGAGCGUGCAGUCAUGGAGAGGACUAUGUAUUCUAAAGGCAGUUCUUGAAAAUGAAAUUUUAGCAAAAUUUAAGUCUGGAAGUUUAGAAUUAUGAAACUGCCGUCAAGCUGUUAGUAUUGUUUUCCUAAACGUCUUCUGGGCACAGACUGCAUGUUGCAGUUGUAUAUAUCCUGAGAGGAUGAGGAGAACUAGCCAAAACACUUAAGAGAAUAAGCCGUCUCAUACCUUGCUGCUGUGCUAGGCGGGAAAGGAUCGAUCAUGGGCAUGUCUGACUUAAUCAUCCAGAAAGCACGUCUGCCGUUUUCUAUUCGAGUCCUCUUGGAAGCAGCAAUCCGUAACUGUGAUGAGUUUCUAGUGAGGAAGGAAGAUGUGGAGAAUAUUCUCAACUGGAAAGUGGUGCAACACAAGAAUGUUGAAGUGCCAUUUAAGCCUGCGCGAGUUAUUCUGCAAGACUUCACUGGGGUACCAGCUGUGGUUGACUUUGCUGCGAUGCGUGAUGCUGUGAAGAAACUUGGUGGAAACCCAGAAAAAAUCAACCCCAUCUGUCCUGCAGAUCUAGUGAUAGAUCACUCCAUCCAAGUCGAUUUUAACAGGGGGUCAGACAGCUUGCAAAAGAAUCAGGACCUGGAAUUUGAAAGAAACAAAGAAAGGUUUGAGUUCUUAAAGUGGGGCUCCCAGGCUUUUCAGAACAUGAAGAUUAUUCCACCAGGCUCUGGGAUCAUCCACCAAGUGAACUUGGAGUACUUAGCCAGAGUGGUGUUUGAUCAGGAUGGUUACUACUAUCCAGACAGUGUGGUAGGCACUGACUCACACACCACCAUGAUAGAUGGCUUGGGAGUGCUUGGCUGGGGUGUUGGUGGCAUUGAAGCAGAAGCAGUGAUGUUGGGCCAGCCGAUCAGCAUGGUGCUUCCUGAGGUGGUUGGCUAUAAACUUCUGGGAAACCCUCAGCCGCUGGUAACAUCCACAGACAUAGUGCUUACCAUUACUAAGCACCUUCGCCAGGUUGGAGUUGUGGGUAAAUUUGUGGAGUUUUUCGGUCCUGGUGUAGCCCAGCUGUCAAUUGCUGACCGAGCCACCAUUGCCAAUAUGUGUCCAGAGUACGGAGCAACAGCUGCCUACUUCCCAGUGGAUGACAUUAGCAUUGGGUACCUGAUACAAACAGGCCGUGAUAAAGAGAAAAUUACAUGCACAAGAAAAUAUCUGGAGGCUGUGGGAAUGCUUAGAGAUUUCAAGAACUCUGCUCAGGAUCCAGACUUCACACAGGUUGUUGAGUUGGAUCUCCAUACUGUUGUCCCUUGCUGCAGUGGACCCAAAAGACCUCAGGACAAAGUUGCUGUAUCGGAUAUGAAGAAGGAUUUUGAGACUUGUCUGGGAGCCAAGCAAGGAUUCAAGGGAUUCCAGAUUGCCCCUGACUGUCACAACAACAAAGUGAAAUUUAGUUUUGAGGGCUGUGACUUUGAGCUUGCUCAUGGUUCCGUAGUGAUUGCUGCCAUUACAAGCUGUACCAACACCAGUAACCCCUCGGUUAUGCUGGGAGCAGGAUUGCUUGCUAAGAAAGCUGUUGAAGCUGGCUUGACCGUGAAGCCAUACAUUAAAACUAGCCUGUCCCCAGGAAGCGGGGUUGUCACUUACUAUCUGAGGGAGAGUGGAGUUAUGCAUUACCUUUCUCAAUUAGGGUUUGAUGUGGUGGGUUAUGGCUGCAUGACCUGCAUUGGCAAUAGCGGGCCCCUACCAGAAUCUGUUGUUGAGGCCAUCACAAAGGGCGACCUUGUUGCUGUGGGUGUGUUGUCUGGAAACAGGAAUUUUGAAGGGCGUGUCCAUCCCAAUACCCGUGCAAACUACCUAGCCUCCCCACCCCUGGUAAUAGCCUAUGCAAUUGCAGGGACCAUCCGGAUUGACUUUGAAAAAGAGCCUUUGGGAAUAAAUGCCUCGGGGAAAAAGAUUUUCCUAAAAGACAUCUGGCCAACCCGAAACGAGAUUCAGGCUGUUGAGCGUCAGUUCGUUAUUCCUGGGAUGUUCAAGGAAGUCUACCAAAAAAUAGAGACAGUAAAUAAAUCUUGGAAUGCCUUAGAUGCUCCUUCAGAUAAACUAUAUACUUGGAAUCCCAAGUCAACGUACAUCAAGUCUCCACCUUUCUUUGAUGGUCUGACUUUGGCUCUUCAGACCCCCAAAUCAAUCAAAGAUGCUUAUGUGCUGCUGAGUUUUGGGGAUUCUGUGACAACUGACCACAUAUCUCCAGCUGGGAAUAUAGCAAGGAAUAGUCCUGCAGCCCGUUAUUUGACUAGCAGAGGCUUGACUCCUCGAGAGUUCAAUUCUUACGGCUCCCGCAGAGGGAAUGAUGCUGUCAUGGCCAGAGGAACAUUUGCAAACAUUCGCUUGGUGAACAAAUUUGUUGAUAAGCAGGGACCUCAGACUGUCCAUUUCCCUUCUGGGGAAACUCUUGAUGUGUUUGAUGCUGCAGAAAGAUACAAGCAGGCUGGCCAUCCUCUGAUCGUGCUGGCUGGGAAGGAAUACGGUGCAGGAAGUUCCAGAGACUGGGCAGCCAAAGGACCGUUUCUUUUGGGAGUCAAGGCAGUGCUUGCUGAAAGCUAUGAGAGAAUUCAUCGCAGUAACCUAGUAGGAAUGGGAGUGAUUCCUCUGCAGUAUUUACCUGGUGAGGAUGCAAGUACUCUAGGCCUCACUGGACGUGAACGUUACACAAUUAUCAUUCCUGAGAAACUAAAACCACAGAUGAACAUCCAAGUCAAGCUGGAUACUGGGAAAACCUUUCAUGCCAUCAUGAGGUUUGACACUGAUGUGGAGCUCACUUACUUCCACAAUGGAGGCAUUCUGAACUAUAUGAUCCGUAAAAUGGCAUCCUAAUCCAAACAACGUUAAGCAAAAAGAUCCAGGUACAAGCCUGCUUCUGGUGAGCACAAGAAAACAAUAUGGUAAUCAUAAACAUAAAAGCCUGAACCAUAAAGUGAGCAACUUCUAUGUGGAUUAUAUUAUCAGGUGGUGUGUUUACAAUGUUGAAUGAUUCUGUGUAUCUGGAAAUGGGGCACUUGUCCCAUUAAAGAAAACAACUUUUUAUUACUUUAUUCAUAUGGUGGUUGAAUUGACUUACUGUAGGAUGACAGUGCAAAAGUCAUGCAGUAGCAAAGUAUUAAAAAAAAAAAAACUACUGUUGGAAUCUGUGGAACUGUUGAAGAUCAUGUGCUGAUUAUGUAUAUUUUGUCCAUUUAGUUUGACUCAGGUUCAGUUCUAUGCUCAAAUCACUGGUCCAAAAAUUAACUGACAAUAUAAAAUUAAUUUUUUUUUCCUUUUCUGAUUACCAGACAUUGACUUACUUUUAACUACAAUUGAUCAGAAUCCAACUCUAAUAUUGAAAUUAAUUAUUUAGCUGCUUAUUCAUUUUAAAAAUGUGAACUCUUUUCCUUUGAAAUCUAAGCUCUAGCUUUUGUGGAAAAGUGGGCCAUAUGAGGACAAUAUUUCUAAUGGAUUAAAAUUAAAUAUAUUUUCAAAAAAG